CUCAAAGUCAAAAGACCAUUGGACAUUGGUUCGAGUUUGUCUGUUUGUCAUUUGCGCUUAAAUUUUUAUUGUGUAGUUACACUUUAAUUAAUUAUCACAACGAACGGAGAUAUGUGAUUGUUUGAACGAAUAAAUAUGGGUUCACUAAUACGUAUUAUUUAUUUAUGAAUUACCUUUGAUAUUAAAGAUUAAAAUUACGAAUGAAUGAUGCAUUCUAUAUUUUGGACAGGCAGAGUGUUAUCACGUGCUAUAAGAAAUGGACUUUCGAAUUUAUCAAGUGCUACUGAAUUAAACGUCUCUAAUAAAAAACAUCCGUACUUAGUGUCAGUGGUUUGUGGAUUUCCAAAAGACAUUGCUAACGGAAGGUCACAUAAGGGGCAAUUUGGCGACGAUGCUUGGUUCUCUACAAACUUCAACAAUGCGGAUGUUAUUGGUGUUGCUGAUGGAGUCGGUGGAUGGAGGGCUUAUGGCAUUGAUCCAGGGGAGUUUUCAUCAUAUCUCAUGAAGACAUGCGAGAGGCUCGUGCGAAUGGGCCAUUUCAAACUGUCUGAACCUAGUGAUCUUCUAGCAAAGUCGUAUUAUGAAUUACUGGAGCAUAAAAAACCUAUUUUAGGUAGUAGCACAGCCUGUGUGAUGAUACUGGACCGCAACGAGAGUAUAAUGCGGGCAGCUAACAUCGGCGAUAGUGGGUACAUGGUGGUUCGAGGAUCCCGGAUCGUGCACAGGUCGCACGAACAACAACAUUACUUUAACACGCCGUACCAACUCAGUCUGCCGCCGCCUGGACACGACAGAAAUGUACUUAGUGAUAGGCCCGAAUCGGCGGAGACGGCGGAAUUCAAAGUUGAGUGCGGGGACGUGAUCCUCGUGGCCACUGACGGCGUGUUCGACAACGUGCCCGAGACGGUGCUCGUCGCGGAGAUGCGGCGAGCGCACGGGGCUGAUAACGACGCGCAGAAGUUGCAAGCCGUGGCUAAUUCCAUCGCGUGGAUGGCGCGCAAUCUAUCGUUUGACGGUUGCUACAUGUCGCCGUUCGCUAAGAGCGCCCGCCAGAACGGGAUCGAUGCUAUAGGUGGAAAGCCGGAUGACAUAACAGUGCUCCUCGCAAUAGUAGCACUAUGAAAAUGUCAAUGUGAUUGAUUUAGUUUAGAUUUUACUUGGUCUAAACAAGGACCACUUACAAAAUUAGUUUAUAUAAACGACACCAAAAAAAAACUAAUAUUUGGUUAUUCUAUUUUUAUCUUUAUUUUGGUCAUCUUGUACUAAUUUCUUGCAAAAUAAUGCAAUUUCGAGGUCUAAUAUUCUUAUUGUAAUAUCAACAUUAGAACAUAAAACACUAGUCACUUGGUGUUAUUCAUGAUAUCAUUUGUGUGUUGAUUGGGAUUUGUAAUUGCGAUUUAUAGUUUGUGGUUUGAAUUGGAAUACACGCGUUUAUGCCUUUGUUAA